AUGAAUAUCUUCCAAUUACCUCCUGAUCUCUUGCAAAAUAUCGUCUUGCGGACGCUCGUCUCCGAGCCUGACGUCGUCGCGGAUGACGAGCAGCCACAACGACGAGAUGCGUUUCCGCAAAGUACACAUCAUAAUAUUGGCGGGGUCAGAGGGUUGGCGUGUACAAUUUGUAUCCAAGCUACGUUUAACGACAUCGACGAGCAAAAGGCCCAUUAUCGCUCCGAUUGGCACCGUUACAACGUCAAGGCGAACCUUGUACGCAAACCAAUCCUCUCAGAAGCACAGUUUGCGAACGCGCUCGCUGAUUUGUCAGACUCUAUCUCCGGAUCCGCAUCUUCAGAGAGUGAUGAUGCGAGCGAAGACGAGGAUCGCGUCGCAGGUGCCCUUCGCCGUGCACAUAUCUCGUCUGCCACAGAGGACGGUGACGAGAUGGCAGGCCGAGCUUCAAUCCCACGAACUGCUCUUCGUUGGUUUCACUCUGCACCGAAUACCCAGAUUGGAAUCUACAACGCGGUGUUUCCUCUCAAGAUGGAUGAAAAGGAGUACGUUACGGAAUUGAAGAGAAUGCAGGAGCAUCCUUCAGAGGACGGAAGACUCUGGACAAUGCUCAUGAUUGCGGGAGGUCAUUUCGCGGGCAUGGUGAGGAAAAGAGUGCCCCCGCUGGAAAGACGAAGGGAAAAGCAUAAACUGCCCGACUACGAAGUUGUCCUGCACAAGACUUUUCAUCGAUAUACGACUCGACGCAAGCAGGGUGGUUCCCAGUCAGUCAAUGAUAAUGCCAAAGGUCCUGCCAAAAGCGCUGGGGCUCAGUUGCGACGCUAUGGAGAGCAGGCACUGCGAGAUGAUAUCCGUAAUCUUAUGGCGGAGUGGUCAGAGGACAUUGCCGCAAGUGAACGAAUCUGGAUACGUGCAAAUAUCUCAAAUAAGCGCAUCUUCUACGACUACGAAGAUGCUGCGUUUGCAAAGAACGACGAGCGCCUCCGGACAUUUCCCUUUCCAACACGCAGACCAACACAAACCGAACUGUUGCGUUGCCUCAAUGAACUCCUGCACGCCAAAACGACACAUUUCUCCGAGGAUGAACUGCGCGAGCAAGACGCGCAAGCUCUCGCAGCACUCCCAAAACCCAAGCCCGCUCCCAUUGUCAAUCCACAGUCCACAAAGCCCAAACCCAAGCCCGAAGUGCCAACUUUGACCAAGGAGCAAGAGACACUCAAGAAUUUAUGGGAGAGGUUGCUGGAUAUGACACGUAAAGGACGUUUGGAUCCUCUGAUUGCCCUUUGGGAAAAGGCUGGCUCGAGCAUUGGAGGUGUCGAUGCGCAUGUCCGUCCGUCGCAAGAGGCUGUUGUGAAAUGGCUCCUCGAGGAUAUGGGGGCGGAUCCGACGACGACUAUCAAUCUCGAUGCCUCAGAGGAGGUUGGUACAAGUACCAAAACUCACAACUAUGGCAAGACACCAUACGAGGUCUCUGGGUCGAAGGGGACGAGAGACGUAUUUCGUCGGCUUGCUGGUGUGUACCCCGACAAGUGGGACUGGCUAGGAGAUGCACGUGUCCCCAGCGUACUGAGUAAGGAGAUGGAGGAAGAACAAGACACCAAGAAAAAGGUUCGAAGGAAGGGCCUCAAGGAGAAAAUCAAAGAGCGGGAGGAAAAGACGAAGAACAGUGCCCCUGUUGAGGAAGAUACAGAGGAUGUGGCCCCAACACCACCAGGGGGGCUUCAAGUGGCAUCUGGACCACAGAAACUUGGUGGUGCGAGUACGACAUCUGGGAUUAUGGGGCUUACACCAGAAAUGCGCGCUCGACUCGAGCGGGAGAGGAGAGCGAGGGCGAUAGAAGCGCGUAUGCAAAGCACCAAGCCUUGA